AUGUACAAAAUCAUUACUGUUAUCUCUUUGCUCUUUGCUAUUAUUGCAAUCUCAAAUGCUGCUUCUGUACUUUCAGGAAGAUGGAUUUGGCAAACAGCAGCUAAACCAUGUGGUCAAUUAACCUAUACCAAUGUUACCAGCACUGGCAACACUUUCCAAAGUUAUGGAGUUGGUGGUCUCUCAAACACCUUCCUUGUCAACUGUACCGUCAACCCAGCCGACAACACCUUUACCGGAUUGGGAACACUCUACACCCCAGGCACCUUCUCCAUCUCUGGAUACACCAAUGUCAAGGGUCAACUCCUCAACCCAUUCAGUUUGGUUGCCGUCUAUGCUAGCAAUUCAAACCCAUACUAUCCAGGUGGCACCCAAUACUACGUCUUUUCAAACUGUAAUUCCAACCUCGAAGAAAUGGAAUCUCAACAAGACACCUAUUUUGAGAAUUUCAAGGGUUUAGAUGUUGUUGGUCUUCCAUUCAUAAAGAGAUAA